AUGAACCUCAAAUACUUGUUUGGUACACUUUCUCUUUUCUCUGCUGUUCUUGGUGCAGUAGCUCCAGGAAUUAAUAAAGAAUCCGAGUUCAAAGAAUCGAUUCCUCAGGAAUUCCAUGGAUCAUGGCAGAAAUGGCACAUGAAAGUGGAGCAUGAUUUGGAUGAUGCCGAUUCAGAGUCCGUUUUUAAGCUUCACGAUUCAAAAAAUGCUAACAAAUUGAGUGCUUAUGAUAUCUUGAGAAUGUAUGGUUUGGCUAGAGAUGAGAUUGUGGGAGAGGGUAACGGUAUGGGUUCUCACGACGAUACUGAAAUUGUUGGCAAGGAGUUGAAGGAAAAGGUAAUUAAAGAAGUAAUGAAGCUCAUGGAUAAAGACAAUGACGGUGCAGUCUCAUUAGAAGAAUGGAAAGAGUUCAGCGGUAAAGGUGGGGAGUUCCCAGACUUUGGCAUCGGUUCUGGACAUGAGUACGAUUUCGAAGAAGAGUAUGAGAAACACCACUGGAACAAGUAUCAUAGUGAGAAUGAUCCUGACGUGAAGGUGCAGCACGCCGAGGACAUUGAACACGAGUUGCUUCACCAUUUCCAUGAAAUCGAGCAUGAACAAAGCGUUAACGGCUAUCACAUCAAGGCGCCAAUACAGGAAGCCAACAUACCCCUCAAAUUUCUCGUACAAUAA